AUGGCCCAACGGGAGCAGAUUCACAUCUCAUCUUGGCCGGCGAUCUGGCCAACCAGAAUACCUGCACUACCUGGAAACAACGAUGCCAAAGAACCGCGCAACUACGACAAUUUUCUUGCCAAUCAGUUGCGUGCUGCUGCUCACUGCUUCGAGGCUAAGGCUUUCGGUGUGGCAGAAUUUUUGCAGCAAGAGGAAGAUAUCAUAUAUGCGGAUCUGGAUCUUGAGAGCUGUGUUGAAAGGAAGCAAUAUCACGAUGUUGUGGGUGGAUAUCAGAGAUUGGACGUCUUCCGGUUGGAGGUCAAUCGCUACCGAAAGGCCCCAGUUAUAUUUCGCGAGAACUAUGACACCAAAGAGUGGAAUCAAUAG